AUGAUUUUAAAAUUGGGCCCAUGUCAACCAAAAGCUAAAGAUUUACCAAAUUCUCAAUUUCCCAAAGUUGGCAACAGAUGCUUCCAUGAAGCUUGGUAUUAUAGAAAGUUACCAGAUGGUACAAUGAUGCAUAGAGAUUGGUUAACUUAUUCUCCUGAUAUAAACCGAAUAUUUUGCUUACAUUGUAUGUUAUUCGGAAAAAAAAGUAAGAAAGCCUGGGUAUCAGAUGGAUUUUGUAAAUUCCAAAAUGGGUCUAUAUCCUUAAUGGGUCAUGAGACUACUGAUGCACAUUUAGAAGCUUCACUUAAAGUAAAAAUGAGGGAAUUAACGUUACCAUUAAUACCAUUAAUAGUUGAAGAAAAAAAGAAGCAAGUAGCCUUCAAUCGUGAAAUAGUAGGACAGGUGAUUGAAAUUACUAAAUAUCUGGGAUACCACUCAUUGGCUUUUUGA